UCCAGGAUCGUCUUCGACGAGGCCCUGCUGGUGGGACCCAGGCGAGCAGCCCAGCCCUGUCAGCUCCAGCUGGAGCUCUGCUCUCCUCCGACCUUCCCCGGCGGGGAAGAGCUGCUUCCUCUGAGACGAUGAGUAACUCCUUUAGCCUCUGAAGAAGUGCCUUCCAGUCCACCCUGGCCGGGGGCCUGCGUUUUCCACGUCUGCUUUUGGAGAUGACAGAACUCUCCCCCAGUUCAUGCUGCAGCUGACCGCGGUCCCGCCUCCUGUGGCAGGCCGAUUUUCCCCUGUUGGUUUGAGGAGUGUCACAGGGUGGGGACUCUGGGGCUUCUCAGUCCAGUGUGCACUGGUCCAGGACCCCUUCAGGGGUCGGCUGUUGGUCCCUCAGGGGAUGGGUUGUCUGCCCCACCCAUGACAGUGAGGGGACGGCAGGACUGGGCUGCCCCUGCUGGUCAGGUAGUGAGGCCAUGUAGGUGCCUUUAGAAGUGGGUGCUGUCAGGGAGCCCGAGGGUAACCCAGCCCUUCCCCAGCCUGACGGGAGGCGCUGCCUCUCAGGCUUUCUUCCUGCAGCCGGUGGGGGAGGCCACAUCCUCACGUGAGUGGUCAUAGCACAGCAGCUGUGGCUUUGCUUCUGAGGAAGCCGUGUCCCUGUAGGAGCCUCCCUGGCUUGCCCGCUGGCCGGCAGCGCUCCCCUCCGCGAGGGCCACCCUCCUCUCUGGCUCAGUGGGAACUCUCCCGGGGCCUCUGACCUCCAGGGGGCCCGCACAGGUGAUUUCCAGAGGUGUUCCAGCGCUGGGUCUGGCUGGAUGGUGAUGGCACUGCCACUUGUUUGGGGACAUGGAGCACUGUCAGUGGUGGGUUUUGUCCUGUGUGCUCGUGAUACAGGCUCUGGGAGCCUCCUUGAUUUGUGUGGCCUCCCCUGCUUUUCUAAGUGAGCAGAGGAGUUGUGCUUUGCUGAGCAUUGGCUCGUGCACGUGGGCCAGCCCUGCCCUAUUGCUUGUCUCCUGUGGGGUCCAGGCACGUUAUUCACACUCCCAGGUCCCGAGUCCACUCCUCUGUGGUUGAGAGAGGACAGUGUGUGUCUUGCAGGGGCUGCUUGAGCAUGAAGCAUGUGCAUUUCACACCCAGGCCCCAGGAAGUGGUCCGUGGUCCGCAGCAGAGGUUGGUGGACCACUCUGCCUGCAGGCCGUGUUCAGGAGCCGGUGUGCAGAUGCGGACGAGGUCCCACGUAGCUCUCAGCAGGGUCAGAGUUCCCGUGUGUGUAGACCAGGGUUUCUCACCGUGGCACCAUCCAGAUACCGGACGCCGUGGGUUGGCAGACGCAACCAGCAUCUCUGCUCCACCUUCUGAGCCUGUGCCUCCGUCAGUUUUAACUGCAGCCUUUCUACUUCCAUACGUCCUUAAACCACCCAAAUAUCGUGGCCGUAGUGGAAGUGGUCACUGAAGGCAGGAAGCAGGAUGGGACCCUCCAGUCACUGUCCUGUGGGUUUGGAAUUCUUCGGAUCUUCAGCAAUAAACCUGACUCUCCGACCUCUGCUUCCCAGGACAAACGGUUGAGGCUGUACCAUGGCACCCCCAGAGCCCUUCUGCACCCGUUUCUGCAAGACCCUGUGGAGCGUAAGAACCAGCCUGUCCUUGGCCACACGGGCAGAGACUGCAACUUUCCUGAGCAUGUUCCUGCCUCAGCGUGUGCCGCCAUGUGCCUGAAUGUCAGCUGCCCUCGGCUUAGCACAGUUAUCUAAUAGUUUCUGGCAAAUGUGUCAUGGACUUGGCUUUUUGCAUAAUUUAAAAAACUGAAAUGCACCCACCCUGCUUUGCCAGGCAAGCUGGGGGUGUGGCCUUUGUCAGCCACAUGAAAGGGGGAGGCCUCCUGGCCUCUGAUGACACCUUGCCUACCAGAUGAAGCAGCUGAGCAGCAAGAUCUCUGACUGAAGUCAUUGGUUAUCACUAACAGUGAGGCCUUCCCAGCUGUGCCCACCUGAUGGGGAUGUCUGCAGACUGCUGCCCCACAGCAGGGGAGUUUCCUACUGGGCUUCUGUUGGGAGAAAACAAGCACAUGACCCUCAUCGAGAGCUGCAGCCUGCUGUACACCCUGCGGCUCCACCCGCCGCUGGAGCCUGCUUUCCACCUGGUGCCCCAGAACCUGCUGGUGUCGGGGCUGCAGCGGAUCCCUGGCCUCCUCCCCGCUCACAGCGAAACUGGCGACGCCCUCCGGAAGCCUCGGCUCCAGAAGCCCGUCACGUGGCACUUGGACGACCUGUUCCUCACCCUGUGCCCUUCCCUCGGGAGGUUCGAGGAGGAGCUGGCGCAGCUCCUCACCUGCGAUCACGUCCAGGAGGGGGGUGGCCUGCUGGAUGGUGGGGCCCUAGAGGUCCUGGAGCGGCGCCUGCAUGUGGGUGUGCACAACGGCCUGGGCUUUGUGCGGAGGCCGCAGGUGGUUGUGCUGGUGCCCGAGAUGGAUGUGGCCAUGACGCGUUCGGCCAGCUUCAGCAGGAGAGUGAGCUCCUCCUCCAGGACCAGCUCUGGAAACCAGGCCCUGGUUUUGAGAAGCCGCCUGCGACUGCCUGAGAUGGUGCAGCACCCGGCCUUCGCCGUGGUCUUCCAGCUGGAGUAUGUGUUCAGCAGCCCCGUGGUGGCGGACGGCAACGCAGCUGUGGCCUCUUCCUUGUCCAGCUUGGCGUGCAUGCGUGCGGUCCGCUGGGCUGUAUGGAGUCCAGUGCUGGAUGUCCGUGCCGGAAGUGUGACUUUGCCUCUGCAGGGCGGGGUCCUGCACAACCCCUUGCACUGCCUGGUCUAUCAGGUGCCCUCAGCCAGCAGGAGCUCCGAAGAGGUGAAGCAGGUGGAGUCAGGGACAGUCCAGUUCCAGUUCUCACUGAACCGGGAAGAGCCUCUAGGCACACCCAUGGAGCAUGCCAACGGCCCCAAGGCAGCGCGGCGGUCCUGCAAGAGGCCUCCCUCGUCCCCUUCAGGUGUGCCUGUGCCAGUACCCCAGGGUCUUGCGGCCACCCAGGACUCGCCUGUGGGACCAGGGUUGUCACUUUCCCAGCUGGUGACUUCCCCGCAGUCCCCGGCUCGGUGCCGCUCAGCCAAAGCCACUCCACGGUCACCAGAGGGCUCCCAGCCCCAGGCACAGGAGUUUCCUUUGGAGGGCGGGGUCUCUCAUCUGGAAGCCGACCUUAGUCAGACUCCCUUGGUCCUGGAAACCCCUGUUGCUGAACCUUUGCAGGAGCUGCCCUUCACCCCUCUGCAUGCCCCCAUUGUCGUGGGACCCCAGCAAAGGAGUUCUGGCAGCCAGCUCUCCAGAGCCACCAUGGUUCUCCUGCAGUCCUCCGGCUUUCCUGAGAUUCUGGAUGCCAGCAAGCGGCCUGCCGAAGCUGUCAGUCCCACGGAUCCCGUGCACUUCGACUCUCAAAGGGAAGAAGCGGAUUGUCUACAGAGCAAUGAAAUAGUGCUGCAGUUUCUUGCCUUCAGCAGAGUGGCCCAGGAUCACCGAGGAGCUCCGUGGCCAAAGUCCGUGUACUUCACGUUCCAGUUCUACCGCCUCCCACCUGCCACGACGCCACGGCUGCAGCUGGUGGAGCUGGCUGGGAUGGGGAAGACGGGCUCCGGCUCCCUGUCUCACGUCCUUGUUCCCAUUAGUAAAGACGGCUCCUUUGACACUGGGUCUCCUGGCUUCCAGCUGAGGUACGUGGUGGGCCCUGGCUUCCUGAAGCCGGGCGAGCAGCGCUGGUUCCUCCGCUACCUGGCCGUGCAGACCUUGCAGAUCGACGUCUGGGACGGGGACUCCUUGCUCCUCAUUGGAUCUGCCGCCGUCCACAUGAAGCACCUCCUCCGCCAGGGGCGGCCGGCUGUGCAGGUGCCACAUGAGCUCGAGGUCGUGGCGACCGAGUAUGAGCAGGACGCGUCUGUGGUGAGUGGAGCCGUGACCAGGUUUGGCAGCGUCAAGCCCAUUGGUGUCCACACGGUGGUGAGGGGCCUGCUGCACCUGACCUUGGCCAACGUGGGUCACACGUGUGAACGGCCAGUGAGGGGUUCUAGCCUGCUGCCACCAUCCAGGUCUCGGGUCAUCUCCAGUGACGGAGCCAGUCGCUUCUCUGGAGGCAGCCUCCUCCCAAGGGGAGGCCCAAGAUCAGGAAAAAAUGUGGUCCAAGCACAGAAGCUGGCCGAUGUGGACAGCGACCUGGCCGCCAUGCUGCUGACCCACGUGAGGGGCGGCCAGGGGCUCCAGGGUGCUGGCCGUGAGGCUGAUGCUGUCCGUAGGCGCAAGCUGGAGAGGAUGCGGUCUGUGCGCCUGCAGGAAUCCGGAGGGGAGCCGGGCAGCCGCAGAACAAACAUACUGGCCCAGCAGAGCGUGCGGGCACAGCACUCGCGGGACCUGCAGGUCAUUGACGCCUACCGGGAGCGCACCAAGGCCGAGAGCAUUGCCAGCGUGCUGAGCCUGGCCGUCACCACGCAGCACACGCUCUACGCCACCCUGGGCACUGCUGAGUUCUUCGAGUUCGCGCUUAAGAACCCCCACAACAUCCAGCACACGGUGACCAUCGAGAUCGACAACCCUGAGCUCAGUGUCAUCCUGGACAGCCAGGAGUGGAGGUACUUCAAAGACGCCGCCGGCCUGCACACACCCCUGGAGGAGGACAUGUUCCACUUGCGCGGCAGCCUGGCCCCCCAGCUCUACCUGCGCCCCCGGGAGACCACCCACGUUCCCUUCAAGUACCAGAGCUUCUCUGUGGGUCGGCCAGCCCCCGUACAGGCCUCUGCUGAGCUGAGCUCCGAGAGGGGCACAGACGCCGGAUCACCUCGGAAGUGCAGCGCCACUUUCACCAAGCACGCCAAGGUGCUGUUCCGGGCCAGCAGCGGGAAGCUCCUCGCUAUGCUCCAGCUGACCGUGGAGCCCCAGCCCCACGUUGUGGACCAGAUCUUCCGCUUCUACCACCCGGAACUCACCUUCCUGAAGAAGGCCAUCCGCCUGCCUCCCUGGCAUACGCUUCCCGGUGCCCCAGUGGGAAUGCCUGGCGAGGACCUCCCCAUCCACGUGCGAUGCAGCGACCCCAAUGUCCUCUGUGAGGCCCAGAGUGUGGGCCCUGGGGAGCCCCGGGAUGUGUUUCUGAAGGUGGCUAGUGGUCCAAGCCCAGAGAUGAAAGACUUCUUUGUCAUCAUUUAUGCGGACCGCUGGCUGGCAGUGCCUGUGCAGACGUGGCGGGUCUGCCUCCACUCCCUGCAGCGCGUCGACGUCUCCUGUGUUGCGGGCCAACUGAGCCGCCUGUCCCUUGUCCUCCGGGGGACACAGAGAGUGAGGAAAGUGAGAGCUUUUGCCUCGCACCCCCAGGAGCUGCAGACAGACCCCGCAGGUGUCUUUGUGCUGCCGCCACAUGGGGUACAGGACCUGCAUGUGGCCGUGAGGCCCAGAAGGGCCGGCAGCCGCUUCAUCCACCUCAACCUGGUGGACGUGGACUACCACCAGCUGGUGGCCUCCUGGCUCCUGUGCCUCUCCUGCCACCAGCCGCUCAUCUCCAAGGCCUUUGAGAUCACGAUGGCGGUGGGUGAAGGGAAGGGCGUCAACAAGCGGAUCACCUACACCAACCCCUACCCCACCCGGAGGACCUACCGCCUGUAUAGCGACCACCCUGACCUGCUGCAGUUCAAGGAGGACACCUUUCAGGUGGGAGGAGGCGAGACCUACACCAUCGGCCUGCGGUUUGCGCCGGGCGGGAGAGUGGGGCAGGAGGAGAUCCUGAUUUACAUCAAUGACCACGAAGACAAGAAUGAAGAGGCCUUCUGUGUGAAGGUCAUCUACCAGUGAGGGGCCGGCAGCACCUGCCACACACGCCUGCCCUGCGGACCUCCCCUGCCUCUCCUCUCCCCAGCAUGUGGCCCUGCCCUGGUGGCCUGGGCCUGGCUUAGGGAGGAGCAUGUGUACCCUGGUCAUUUUUGAAAUGCCUGUGUCCAGCCUAGGGCUGCCAACACUGACCAAGGCCAAGGGUGAGUUCUCAGUGUGAACAGGAAUCUGGUGGCCUCCAGUCACCUUAUUCUACCUGAGGUGUGCAUGAGGCCCACUGGUCCCUCUGUAGUCCAUGGAGGUUGUCACUAUUUGUAACUUAGUUUCAGUUUUUUUUUUUUUUUUUAGCAAAAUGUGUUUUAUGAAUCAUCUAAAUGGCAAAAUUAUGUUUUUCUUACUGGAUUUUAUAUGAACAAAAUGAACUUUAUUUGCUGCACAGUGUUUUAUAUACUGAUAUCACUUUGUGUUUGUGUCUAAGAUCAGACCAUCUGAACGCUG